CUAAACGCCACUAGAACCGAGAUUCUGAAUUGGAUCUCCACAAUUUCGUACAUCAGCCACCACAAGCGUAUCAGCGAUGGGCGUCUAGCAGGCACUUGCGAGUGGAUUUUGGGGAGGAAGAAGUUCUGCAGUUGGAAAUCCUUGAGUGUUUCAAAAGUGAUGUUGCGGGGAAUUCCUGGCGCCGGCAAAACCUACGCUGCAUCACGGGCCAUCGAUUCAUACCUUUCAACUCCGGCAGACGGAAAGUUAGCAUACUUCUGCUGUAAUCGAGCCGAGGAGAAUCGUAGAGAUCCUGAGAAUAUUCUUAGCGCGCUCAUUGAGCAGCUUGUCCAGACGGAUUCAGAAGCACUUCUACAGCCAGUUUUAGAGAUCUACACAGAGCGAGAGAAGAAUGGGCAAACGUCAUCACGACUGACCCUGACAGAAAGCGAGGCGCUUCUCCUUCAACUCACGGAUAUACAUCCUCGAACGACAAUAUGCAUAGAUGCUUUCGACGAAAUCGAUCAUACAGUGCGGUUGAAACUACUUCAUGCGCUGAAGCACCUCGUCGAAAGAUCAAAGAAUCUUGUCAAGAUUUUUGCAACCACGCGAAUGGACAUAGAUAUAUUCCUGCAGUUCGAGACGUUUCCUAGGAUCCAGUUGCAACCAGACGACAAUGUGACCAACAUUAUCCAGUUCGUGAAAAUGACUGUUCGUGGCGCUAUCGAGGAUAAGGAGCUUCUUCACGGCAAUGUUCCAUAUGGGUUAAAGGAUGAAAUAUGUGAAGUCCUAUGUGAGCAAUCUAGGGGAAUGGCGGUGCAAGUUCCAACUGCUGCUCUUCAAAUUACCUUUCUCUGCAACAUGUCCACCGCGGACGACGUGAGACGCAGCCUAAAGACCCUUCCGGACACUCUCAUAGACGCAUACGCCGAGAUAUUCAACCGCAUUAUGGCGCACAGUGGCAACGCUCCACAACUAGCAGUCAAAGCCUUCCGUUGGCUUCAAUACUCGUACGAGCCGCUACGAUCUGAGACGCUGCUUGAUGCCAUCACAAUGCAGGUCCAUGGCUGUGGUCAUUUUCCCCACAACCCUACAGUCAAGGCGAACGAACUGUUAAAGGCGUGCCACAUCCUCAUUAUUCUGGACGAACGCCUCAACGUGUUCCGAUUUGCACAUCUAUCCGUGGUGGAGUGUUUGGAUUUCAAACUGGCCAAAGUAGAUACACAUACCAAAAUUGCGAAAGUCUGCCUCUCAUUUCUGUGCACACUCGACUCCUGGUAUGAUUACGACUGGACGCUUAACACUGAGGAGGAGCAUCAUAGCGAGCGUCACAUGUUCUGGUACGCCGCUGUAUUUUGGCCAUGGCAUUUUGGCCAUGGCGGCGAAGGUUGUCCA